GGGCUCCGAUCUCCCCGUGCUGCAGGUUUAGGCAUCGCCUCUAUGGUGAUCGUCUUCUUCUGCAACUCCUACUACAUCAUGAUUCUGGUGUGGGGGCUCUUCUACCUGGUGCACUCACUGACGGACACCCUGCCCUGGGCCACCUGUGGCCACUCCUGGAACACGGACCAGUGCACGGAGCUCUUCAACCUGGACCUCUGCUACAAUGUCAGCACUAAUGCCACUGCCAGCACUUGGACCUCCAACUUCAGCUGCGCUGACAUGACCAACAAACGCUCACCUGUCAUUGAGUUUUGGGAGAACAAGGUGCUGCGGCUCUCUGGGGGCAUUGACGAGCCGGGGGAGAUGAACUGGCAGAUGAUCCUCUGCUUGGUCACCACUUGGGUCGUUGUCUACUUCUGCAUCUGGAAGGGUGUAAAGUCGACUGGGAAGAUUGUCUACUUCACGGCACUCUUCCCAUAUGUGGUCCUCAUCCUGCUGCUGGUCCAUGGGGUAACACUGCCUGGUGCACUGGGUGGCAUUGUCUACUACCUGAAACCCGACUGGACCAAGCUGGUUGAGGCACAGGUCUGGAUUGAUGCCGGCACCCAAGUCUUCUUCUCCUAUGCCAUCGGGCUGGGCGCCCUGACCGCGCUGGGCAGCUACAAUCGCUUCCACAACAAUUGCUACAGGGGCUUCGUCGUCUUCUCCGUGCUUGGCUUCAUGGCCUCUGAGCAAGGCGUGGACAUCUCCAAGGUGGCCGAGUCCGGUCCCGGGCUGGCUUUCAUCGCCUACCCUAAAGCUGUGACGCUGAUGCCCUUGUCCCCGCUGUGGGCCACGCUCUUCUUCAUCAUGCUCCUUGUGCUGGGGCUGGACAGCCAGUUUGUCGGCGUGGAGGGUUUCAUCACGGGCAUCCUGGACCUGUUCCCCCAGCCAGGGGCUGGCUCGCUGCGCCGUGAGCUCACUGCUGCGCUCUGCUGCAUCGUCUGCUGCCUCAUUGACCUCUCCAUGGUCACACAGGGCGGCAUGUACGUGUUCCAGCUCUUUGACAACUACUCGGCCAGCGGGAUCACGCUGCUGUGGCAGGCUUUCUGGGAGUGUGUGGUCAUUGCCUGGGUCUAUGGCGCCGACCGCUUCAUGGACGACGUGGCCCGUAUGAUCGGCUAUCGGCCCCUGCCCGUCAUGAAGUGGUGCUGGGCUGUGGUGACACCCCUGGAGCUACUUGUGUCGGGGCUACUUGACUUCGGGGCUCCCUGCCCUGUGCCACGGGAACAGCCCUGGGCUGGGGAGGGCUGUGUGGACAAGGGGAUGAGGCAGCUCGUGGGCCUGGGCAUGUAG